AUGGACUGCUCUGAGGCGGUCCUCGUGUGCCGAUGUUGUGUGGUGCACUAUGUGGUUUACAUAUCGCCUUCUCCUCCGCCCCAUUCAGUCCCUCAUUUCUCCAUAUUGUCACGUGCUAUACGGCUUCGACUCACAGAGGUCGCUCCUCAGCGGUGUCGAUUGUGUGCAGCGGGUCUUCCUGCUACUCCUCCUCACCAGACGAUGAAAACGGAUACUGCUUCGGUGCACUGCACACGAGCAAGUUUCGCACAGUUCGCGCGCCAACGGUGCGCAGACUCACCGUGGGAGCUCAGAUCGAAGCGCGACCCUUUUGGGGUACCUUUGGAGUGGCUGGAGGCGACAUACAAUGUGUGCAGCUUAUUUGAGGGGUCCGCGAGCGCGGUACUCAUCACGGUGUGUGUCCUUUUCAAUGCUGACUUCGCUGUCCCACAGUUGGGCUUCUAUAACUCUACCGUCACGAGCCUCGAGGGCCUGCAGAUGGCGGUGCCGAAUCUCACGUUCGUAAACGCACCGUCGACUGUGGAACCAGCCGAUGUGACGGGGUCGUUGCAUCGACCGCUCGUGAGCUUCUCAUGGAGCCAGGAGCUGGGUCAGUACAUGUGGCUUGUGCACCCCUGCGACACAGAAAACCUGCUACGUUGCAGACGAUACGACGGUGAACAAGGUGACGUACUCAGCGUCUUUCUGCGCGCCAUGUGCGACUACUUUCCUUUUGCGCCACUGCUUGUACCGCGUGCGGGAGGAAAUUUCGAUACCGCACGUGCAUGA